GUAAUACAAAGCUGCACUCAAUUAAACUCCUAUAGCUAGAAAAUUCCAUUUCACUCACUCUAUCCACCACCAUUCAUCAAUGGCUUCCAUCAUCAACCUUUCUUCUACACAACUCCUCUCUUUCCACCGUUCACCCUCUUUUCAUCCCCGAAAUACCCCUACCCUUUCACUCAAUUUACACCCCAACCCUUCUUCAAACCUACGCCCAAUUUCCCUCAAACCCUACCACCUUUCCCGAAAGCCUCAUACAUGGCUGGUGGCCAUGGCAGUGAAAAACCUCGGCGACACCGAAUUGGUGACGGUGUCUGACGAUGGACCCUCCGAAGAAUUGCCUUCGGAAGCCGGAGUUUACGGUGUGUAUGACAAGGAUGGUGAGCUUCAGUUCAUAGGUUUGUCGCGUAACAUUGCUGCUACUGUUUCGGCGCACCGGAAAUCGCUGCCAGAGCUUUGUGGUUCAGUUAAGGUUGGAGUAGUGGAUGAACCUCAGAGAGAAGCUCUAACCCAAGCGUGGAAGUCAUGGAUGGAAGAACACAUAAAAAUCACAGGCAAAGUUCCACCUGGUAAUGAAUCCGGAAACGCCACUUGGAUAAGACAACCACCUAAGAAGAAGCCUGAUCUUCGAUUAACACCUGGUCGUCAUGUGCAACUAACCGUCUCACUUGAAGAGCUCGUCGACAAGUUGGUUAAAGAGAACAAAGUAGUUGCAUUCAUCAAGGGAUCAAGAACUGCGCCGUUAUGCGGAUUCUCACAAAAGGUGAUAGGUAUUCUCGAAAAGGAAGGAGUAGAUUAUGAGAGUGUGGAUGUGUUGGAUGAAGAAUAUAACAAUGGAUUGAGGGAGACAGUUAAAAAGUAUAGUAACUGGCCUACAUUCCCUCAGAUAUAUUUGAAUGGUGAACUUGUUGGUGGUUGUGAUAUAUUGACCUCCAUGCAUGAAAAAGGUGAAGUGGCUGGUUUGUUCAAAAAAUAAUUUAUUGUGCAAGUGAGCCUGCAUUUUUAGGCAUUCUUUUGAAAUGAGGAACUAGCUAGCUUGCAGUAGAAUGUGUGGAACAUUAAGGGAAGGAGAAAUGCUGGUGUCUUGUUGUAUUAAUCUCUUAAGUACUAGGGUAGAAAGAAAAUAAAUAAUUAUAUGUAUAUUUUAUUUCAACCAUAGUAGAAAAUGCUUGUUUUAUUUUCUUUUUCA